AUUAGAUCUAGUUGAUCAAGAUUCUAGAUCUAUAUUCUAGAUCUAACUAAAGAGUGUUAGAUGCGAUAGUUUGUUCUGCACAAGUGUGUCUUUUGUGUUAGAGUUCUUCCCCACUGAAAUAUACAGCAGACUUAGUCUUGUCUGUUGCCUUAAUCAAGGCCAAGCUUUAGUCAUCAAUUUACCAGAUAAAAAUUAUACAGAAUGGAUGAGGAAGCUGAUUUUAAAACAUUGCCGAGCCAAUUCGAGUUCCUACAGGAAUGCAAUAAAGAAAUAAAAUCAGAAUUUUCACCUGACAUAAAGCCUGAUGUAGUAACAUCUAAAAUAACUUUAGAAGAAGUAAAACCAGAUGUAUCAAUUUCAUUAUCCGCUUUUAAUGACAUUAAAUCAGAUGUAUCUCCAGCUUUAGAAAAUAUGAAAGUAGAUGUAUCAACAUCAUUUACAACUGAUAACAUUGAAUCGGAUUUAGGAAUAUCGUGUAUGGCUUUAGAGGACUUAAAACCAGAUGUAUCGACUUCUUUUUCGACUACUGAUUACACAAAAUUAGAUGUUUCUCCAUCAUUUUCAACAUUUGACAACAUGAAAGAAGAUAAAUCAACAUUGUUUUCAAACUCCGAAGAAGGAAAGCCAAUUUCAUCAUUCAAGAGUGAAAACCAAAAUAGUUUUGAUGAACAAAUACAACCUCUACCACAUUUAACUACUUGUGAAGAAAAAAUCCCAUGUAUUGAAUCAAAUAUUUGGACUGAAUUAAAAGAACUUAAGAUUUUGCUCACCCAUUCAAAUAAUAUUUUAUCUUCAAAUGUUCCCCUAAUUCAUAAGGGAACGGAAACCAAUCAGUGUAGUGAAUGUAAAAAAUUUGCCUGCAUGGACCACAUCGUUUCGAAUUUGGAAAAAACUGAGAACGCAGAUGAAGAGGCUGUAUGUUCAGAAAGCUGUAACCAUGUUAAAGAGCAUAUAAAAAAAAACACAGGUGAGAAACAACAUAAGCCUGUUUCUUUACUGCAAAACACAAUUCAUCAAAAAGAUAUGCAACACAAAUUUGACUCAAGUCGUGAAAAGAUUCCUAAGAAAGUUGUCUCGUCAAAGCAUAACAAAGCUCAGUUUGUUAAUAAGCUGCAUCAGUGUGACAUUUGUCACAAAAAGUUUUCUUGUAAAGCUUUUUUAUCCACACAUAAAAGAAAUAUUCAUUCUGAACAUAAAAAGUUAACCCAACAAGCUAAUUUAAAGUUACAUAAACAAAUCCAUUCUGGCCAAAAACAACAUAAAUGUGACAUUUGUCACAAAAAGUUUUCACACCGAACUAGUUUAGCCAAACAUAAAAAACUACAUUCUGGACUUAAACCAUAUGAAUGUGACAUUUGUCAUAAAACAUUUUCUCUUAAAGGUAACUUAUUAUCACAUGAAAAAAUCCAUUCUGUAGAUAAACAAUAUGAAUGUAACAUUUGUCACAAAAAGAUUACUCGCAAGACUAAUUUAGUCAUACAUAAAAGAAUUCAUUCUGGUCAUAAACCUUAUGAAUGUGUUAUUUGUCAAAAAAAGUUUACUCAGAAAGGUGCUUUAGUAUCACAUGAAAAUGUUCAUUUUGGAGAUAAAUUGUAUGAAUGUGACAUUUGUCACAAAAAGUUUCUCCACCAGUCGAAUUUAGCCACACAUAAAAAAAUUCAUUCUGGAGAUAAACCAUAUGAAUGUGACAUUUGUCACAAAAAGUUUCUUUACAAGUCGAAUUUAGCCACACAUAAAACAAUUCAUUCUGGAGAUAAACCAUAUGAAUGUGACAUUUGUCACAAAAAGUUUCUUUACAAGUCUAAAUUAGCCGAACAUAAAAAAAUUAGUUGUGGCCAAAAACCUUAUGAAUGUGACAUUUGCCACAAAAAGAUAGCAUGCAAGUUUAGUUUAGUCAGACAUAAAAUAAUUCAUUCUGGCCAAAAACAAUGUCAAUUUGAAUGUGACAUUUGUCACAAAAAGUUAUCAUACAAGUCUGAUUUAGGCAGACAUAAAAGAAUUCAUUCUGGCGAAAAAAUAUAUGAAUGUGACAUUUGUCACAAAAAGCUUCUUCGCCAGUCUAGUUUAGCCACACAUACAAAAAUUCAUUCUGGAGAUCAACCAUAUGAAUGUGACAUUUGUCACAAAAAGUUUCUUUACCAGUCAAGUUUAUUCAAACAUAAAAUAAUUCAUUCUGGCCAAAAACAAUGUGAAUUUGAAUGUGACAUUUGUCACAAAAAGUUAUCAAGCAAGUCUAAUUUAGUCAUACAUAAAAGAAUUCAUUCUGGUCAUGAACCUUAUGAAUGUGACAUUUGUCACAAAAAGUUUCUCCAUCAGUCUAGUUUAGCCAUACAUAAAAAAAUUCAUUCUGGAGAUAAAUUCUAUGAAUGUGACAUUUGUCACAAAAAGAUGGCAUACAAGUCUAGUUUAGCUAGACAUAAAAAAAUACAUUCUGGUUAAAAAGCACAUAAAUGUGACAUUUGUCAUAGAAAGUAUUCUCAGAAAACUUCUUUAGUAUCACAUGAAAAAAUUCAUUCGGCAGAUAAACCUUAAGAAUAUGACAUUUGUCACAAAAAGUUUCUUUAGAAGUAUAGUUUAGCCAUACAUAAAAAAAUCAUUCUGGCUAAAAAGCAUUUGAAUAUGAAUGAGACAUUUGUCACAAAAAGACAGCAUACAAGUCUGGUUUAGCAAUACAUACAAGAAUUAAUUUUUGAGAAAAACAAUAUGAAUGAAGCAUUUGUCACAAAAAGUUUUCUCAGAAAGUUUACUUGAAUGUGACAUUGGCCAUUGAAGUUUUGCCCAGAUAAUGAAUCUUUUUUUUCAAGUUAACAAACCCUGUCCUUUUAUUGUUUAGCAUUUAUGAUAUUGUACAUUAUUAGAUUCCAUUAAAGUCAAGCACAUGUUCACUGGGCAGUUACCAUUUUGUUAGUAUUUUUAUAAAAAAUUAAUUCUAAUAGCCUAAUGUCCUGAUCAUGUACUUUUGUACCAAAACAAAGAACACAAUGUGUAUUUUUUUAAAAUCAGUAUUGAGAUAUUGUAUUGAAUUACAUUGUGUUGCAUUAAGUUUUACAUAUUUUUUGUGUUAUUUUUAUGUGUAGUGUUUUUUGUUUAGUUUUGUUAUAUUGUAUUUGUUGUUUCUACAGAGUUAUAACUUAAAUAUUUGGACCUUAUGGUGGGGUUUAACAUGGCAGGAUCAGUAGAUGGGGCAUGAAAGAGAUGAAUAUACUAUUUGUAGAACCGACUUCUGGGCUAGUAUACAUUAUGUUUUUCUAAAAACCACAAUAGUAUAUUUUAUAUUCUAAACUAUUUUAUCUAAAUGAAUACACAGAUAUAGUGGCUCUUAUGUUUAGAGGUCAUGACCCACCUAUAUCAGUAUAAUAAAGUUAGUCUAAAGACAGUUUUCUUGUAAUUACAUUACUUCAAAACAUAUUUCACCGCAGUUUAUCUUGCAAUAUAGACAUAAAUUCUUAUAUUUCUAUAUCAGUAGCAAUGCCUGCUUCCAACCCCUUUUCUUUUUAUCUUAAAAUUCAAACCUACAAAACCUAAUGAUUAAGAGAAUGUAUUUUAAACUGUUUUAUCUGAAUAUUGCCCAGUAUAUUGGCUAGUUAUAGUAGUAAGCAAAGUUUAAGAUGGGAUUUGUUACAGAUAACAUGAAAUAGAAAAAGAGAAUGAAAGCAUGGGACCAGUUAAAAUUUUUUUUAAAUCAAAUUAAAUAGAAUAAUUUUGGUGUGUUUAUUUUUAUAUUUAUAUAUUGGCUUGGAUUUUAGGGCCUUUUAAAAAACAUUGAUUCUGACUCUAAAUUUGCUUAAAUAUUGAAUUUUGUAUUUUAUAUUUCAGUCAUGUAAGUUGCAUUGAAAUUUUUUUUGGAUCCAGUAGUGGAUCUAAAACAGAAAAUUCAACAUUAGUGAUCUAAGGUUGUUUUUUGGAACUGUACACAUUUUCAUUGUUUUUCUUUGUUGAAAAUCUUAUUUUUAUUGUACCAGGUGUACUUAUUGAAAAUGUUCAAAUAAAAGUUUAGACUUUUAUAUUACAUUUAUAAGGUAAUAUGUUUUUUUUGGUCUGUUGUAUCUGACCCUUGCCCCACCAAGUGAUCUAUUUCUAGAUUAUUGUGUUGGGAAAUUUACAUAUUAUGGUUGUUUCACUUUGUUGAAAACCUUUUAUUUUUUCAUAAGGCCAUUUGUAGGGGUUGAAAUUUUGUUCAAAUAAAAGUUUUUACUUUUCUGUAACAUUUAUAAGUUCA